AUGGCCGAUUCAUCGGAUACCGGAGCAAGCUCCUUGCAGGCCAUCAGUACCAAAGCACUGCUACAACAACUGCCAAUCGAAGAAGCAAAACAGAGCUUUGCUUCACUACCACCACUGGCCCAAGCAAACCUCUUCUCAGAUCUUCUCAGCCAGCAUCGCGAAUUGCAGCAGAAACAGGACGGCAUCCAGAAGUCCAUUGCCCGUAUACCGUCCGCAGACCGCCACGUCGCUUUCAUCCGUCAACGCUUUCUUACGGAGGGCACCGACUAUACCGACCACCCCUGCGAGCUCGCGGAGACCUUCUGUGAGAUCUGGCAGAUACGGGACGCACCUGCCGAGUAUGAUCCUGCCCGGCGUGGACCUGUCCAAGUCGAUCGGUCAGGCUAUGACCUUUUCCGCCUGAGUCAGAACGAGCCUUUUUGCUGGAUGUCCUCUCGCAAGCAAACCAAGCACGUGGAGCAAUCCGGGCAAUCUUGGGGCGAAUAUAUGCAGUCUUCGCUGUUCUCUAGCGCAAUCUCAAGCCAACUACUGCUUUACCGUCUGUGCGCUACCUUUGGUCCGUUGCCAACACAAUGUGAGGGAUCUGACUGGUACAAGUCGUGCUGGGAAAUUUACCUGGUCUACAAGAAAGAAAUAGAUGCGGGCGUGAGCACUGCUGGAAACGAUGACCAGGCUGUGCCUGCUUCUGAGCUCCGUCUCUGCGACAUCAAGGCUUCUGCUUACGCAUCCUUCUAUGGAUCCGAAGAAGCUGCAGAAAAGGCACUUGACUUGAUCAACUACCUGGUCGGUCCGAAGUGUGCGCAUACUUACGAUGGUUGUGUCGCUGGUUGCCAGGCUUGA